AUGAAUUAGUAUUGCUUCUACGAUUAUGUUAUCAUGCCCGAGAAAAUGAUUGGAAAGGGUUAAUUUGGCAUAGUAGUUGAGUGUUACCACAAGUUUAAAUACAAAGAUAUCUAACUUUGUGCAAAAAUUGUGCAAAAUACUACCAACAUAGACGAGUCAAUGAUGAAAGAAAUAUAGAUUUUAAAAAAGAUUAAAUAAAUUAAGAAUUCUCAUUUGAUUAUUGUCUAUGAUAUUUUUGAGGCUGAAAAUAAGUUUUUUAUCAUUAUGGAGCGAUGCUAAGGAGGUGAACUCAAGAAUAUAAUAGAAGAAAAAAAGAAAAUGAAUCAAAAAUUAAAAGCUACUCAGAUUCUUGACUUCGUUUAUCAAUUUAUUGAUGGAUAUUAAAUAUUGUAUGAUAACAAAAUCAUGCACAGAGAUAUCAAACCCCAAAAUAUUUUUGUAGAUUAAAACUUUUAAUAUAAAAUUGGAGAUUUAGGGGCUGGUAGAAUAUUAGAGGAUGUCAAGAUUAAAGGUGAUUAUACAAAAAUUGGAUCUCCUAUUUAUAGUUCACCUUAGAUAUUAUCAUUACAACCAUUUUCAUCUUAAACAGAUAUUUAUUCAUUUGGUAUGGUUAUCUAUCAUUUAACUUACUUGGAAUUUCCUUUUAGACCUGUCAUGCCAGAAUUAUAAAAAUUUAUAAUAGGUCUCUAAAAAUAGAGAUACACCUUGUCUCCUUUACCAAUUCCAUGUGAAGGAACGGAGAGGGAAAAGGAUGAAAUUUAAUUAUUAAUAGAAAGCAUGUUAGUUCAUGAUGAAAAUCAAAGAAUUACAUGGGAAUAACUAUUCGAAAGAAUUCGAAAAGAAGUGGUUUACGAAUAGUUUAGAUCAAAAUAUUUUGAUGAAUAAAUGACUAAUACAAUAAUUGAUUUGGAGAAGAAAAAUUAAAAAAAAUUAGAAAAAGAAGCGAAAUAAAGAUUAGAAGCAACAAAAAUAUACUAGCAUUAAGCGAAUAGUAGCAUUAAAUUAAAUUCCCUAAUUCCCUAAUCAAACUAGGAAAGAAAACGAAGUCCAUUAAGUUAGUUUCUGAGAUUAUAGUAUUGCAAAGUAAGUAUCAUACAUCUGACUUUGGGUACUUUUCAAGAAGUUUUCUAUUCAAAUUAAUUUCCCAUUGCUCUAAUUGAAUAUUAUCUACUCUUAAGUUCUAUUCAAGGUUACUUUUGCAAUCUGUUAAAAAAUAUUGAUGCAAUUCAUAAAGGAGAUUAUAAUAAAAUAAGUGAACAUAUUAGGGAAUAAAAAGAAAUUGAAAAUCAGAAUCUUCAGGCAAUAAGAGAGUUUUAAUAAUUUCAAACAGAGGAUGAUGUCAGAAUUGCUGAAUAUUGUUAAUAAAUGCAUGCACAAAUGACGGAUGCAUGGACGAAAGUUGCAUAAUAAACAAUCUCAAAAAUUAAUGAAUAAAAAAUUAGAUUUCAAACCCUAUGUGAUUUGAGAGAUGUCCUUUUCAAAUUUUAGGAUUACGUAAAUUAUUAUAAGUAUUGGGACUUCUUCCGUAAAUUCUAUAACUCAUACUUAUCAAGGAAAAUUUAAGAAUUAAUACUCUUUGAUCUAUCACGAUUUGGAGAUAACCUUUUAUUUUUUAUGGUAUAUAUGUAAGAAAUAUACAAUAUGGAAGAGAAAUACAAGUAAUUAGAAUUUUUUAAGGAGAAUAAGAUUAUGAUUAUACCUAAGCAAUCAUAUACUCGUGAUGAGGCAAUCAAAUACUUAGAAGGCAAGAGAAACGAAUAAUAAUAAUAACAAUUCAACCAAAACUAAUAUAAUUGA